UGAAUUUAGUACGAAUUUCCGGUAAUGUCUGUCCUUCCUUUCUCUGUCUGCAGCCACGUGAAACUCAGUUGCCGUCGUACAAAAAUGUUAAUUAAUUUAUUCUAAGUGCCUUGUUUAUUUUAAUUUUAAUAUCCUGUUCUACUAUAAUCACAGAAUGUUCUACAUAUUCAUCCUAUCUGGCCUGCUAGCGUGCAGAGCCGAGUUCGCCGAUGAACUGCAGUUGUACGAGAAAGAGUGUCUCGGAGAAGAUAAGUUCACGUGCCUGGACGGCGGCUGUAUUUCUCAAGAUCAGUACUGCAACGGCAGAACGGAAUGUGCUGAUGGGAGUGAUGAGAAUUUUUGCCCGGACCAUCCUCCCAACGAGCAUCUUUGCAACAUUACCCACCAGUUCCUAUGCCGCGACGGUCACGCCUGCAUCCCCUCCACGUGGGUGUGCAACAGUGAGCCCGACUGUACAGACGGCAGUGACGAGGCUGACUGUACCGAGCCGCCCGUCACCAAAAAUUCUACAUGCAGCAAGGCGUUUCAAUGUGGAGACGGAACCUGUAUCUCGGGCCUCUGGAUGUGCGAUGGGCACUACGACUGUGAGGACCGCAGCGACGAGGACAUCGAGACAACUUGCAGGCACUCCAUAAACAUGCACACGAUAAGCGACGGCCAAUCUUGCAACGAAUUCCCUCCUAUCGGAUCGCGCCGCUACAAGUGCCUCGACUCUUCCUUCUGCCUGACACCUGACCAGAUGUGCGACAACAUCACCGACUGCAGAGAUAAUAGCGACGAGGGCCCGUUUUGCGACAAAUGGCACUCGAUGUGCGUUAACACCACCUGUCCGACCUUCAUCACAAAAUGUACCCCAGAUCGCACCGGCCCUCUUUGUCUUUGCGACCCCUCCCCAAACACCCACCUCUACAAUGAAACUACCAAAAAAUGCGAGGACGUGGACGAGUGUCUGUCAGAACGGCCGAGUUGCAGUCAUCAUUGCAAGAAUUUCGACGGACAUUUUCGAUGCGAAUGCGAGCGCGGAUAUGUUGCGGAUGAUUUUCGAUAUCUCUGUUUUGCUCAGGGUCCAGAAGCGAUGCUUUUCUAUAGCACUGAGAAAGAUAUUCGAUAUAUCAAGGUCAAAACCAAGCAAGAAGUUGUUGUCGCCACGGGUAUCAAAAAGAGCCAUGGGGUGUCCUACGACGGCAAGUAUCUCUACUGGGUAGAGACAGCGGAAGGACACCAGGCUAUAGUGAGAGCUCACCUGGAAAAUGUCGCAGAGACAAAACAGAUCCUUGUGAGCCUAGGUCUAUACGACGCCGGUGACAUAGCAGUGGACUGGCUAGGAAACAACAUCUACUUCACCGACACGUCACGCGGCGCCAUCUAUGUGUGCAUCACGGACGGAUCUGUGUGUGCUCGCAUCCGGACAGCUACGUUGAGGCCGAAAUUUGUUACGCUGGAUGUCAAGAAUGGAUUAAUGUAUUGGGCCGACGUCGCCGGUCUCCGAGGAGGUCACGUGAUCAUGCGCGCGCGCAUGGAUGGCUCCGACCACGAGGUAAUGACAGCCAGCCUCAACAAUUUCGCUACGGGGUUGGCACUAGAUGCACCGAACGCCCGCUUAUAUUUCGUCGACAGAACAGUCAUGGUGCUCAAAGUCGACACGAAACAGAUCUAUUCCCUUUUCCAAGCGCGUCUCCACCACCCAUACGCGAUAUCCGUGUUCGAGAACACGGUGUAUUGGAGCGAUUGGACCUCCAACACGAUACAGACCACAGACAAGCUACACUUGGAGGGGAAGAGGAACGCUCUCGCUAAGCUGCACGCUCCCGUCUAUGGAAUGCACAUCUUCCACCCAGUGCUGUUGCUCACCCAGGACCCGAACCCAUGCGCCCAUCACAAGUGCUCCCAUCUCUGCCUGCUCACGUCUAACGCUAACCACUCCUGCGCAUGCCCUGCUGGCAUGAAGCUUAACGGGACUACUUGUUAUAAUGAACCCACCUACCGUCCACAAUACCUCGUCGUCGGUGCCGGCGCGUCUUUCACACGAUUCCGAUACGAUACUCUCGGAAACCCUGAGGCUCACGCUGCUAACUUCGACAUAGGAAGGGUUCAGGCGAUGGCGUAUGACAGUAGAAGAGACACCCUGUACAUUUAUGACGGCAUGCGCAAAUGUAUCGUCAAGAUCGAAAUGGCCGAUUUCACCCUCGGCAUCACCCACGUAUUCGCUUACAAUGGGCUUGAAAACGUUGUCGAUAUGGAUUACGAUUACGUGACUGACAACCUAUACGUGCUGGAUUCUGGUCGGCGGUUCCUGGAAGUGUUUUCCCUGAAGGACGGCAAACGGGCUUUACUCCAUCGCUUCCCCGACCAGGAGAUACCUGUCAGCUUCUGCAUUCUUCAACAUUUCGGGAGACUACUUGUUGCUGUGGUGGAGAGUGAGCAGAAUAAUGAGAUACAUAUCGACAGUAUCGGCUUAGACGGCGACGAGAGGGACCAUCAGCACGUUAUAAUGAAUAAUUUGAAAGGGCCUCGCGUUAGACUCCGCAAUCUCCACGACUCCGACAUGGUGGCCGUGUCAGAUGAAGGCAGCAACUCCAUUGAGUUCAUACACCUGCGAACAUUACCACGAGGUGUUAGGCAAGACAUCAGAAAACGUCUACCAACAGCAGCAAGCAGCCUGGCAGUGACGAUGCCUUACAUGUUCUGGUCUGACGGAAGGACUCCCCGAGUGUUCUGGGACGAGUAUUUGGGGGAGACGACCACGCCGAGACGUGUCGAGCUCUCGAUAUUCCCCAAUGAAACCCACCUCCACCUCCAAGCCACAAGCACUCCCGACUCCAACCCUCCCCACCCCUGCACACACAACCCUUGUUCGCACAUCUGCGUCCAAACCCCUACCCUGCCCAUCCUAGGCGCCUUUCCUGCGAUCGAAACACCGAUGUCCUACAAGUGCCUUUGCCCCCCUGGAUUGAUCGUGGAGGGGGGAAAUUGUACCAAGCUGGCAGAGUGUAGAGGAGAUGAGGCGUAUUGUUAUAAGAGUAACGAGUGUAUUCCGAUGAUUAAAAGGUGCGAUGGGGAAAAGGAUUGCAAGGAUGGGGAGGAUGAAGAGGAUUGUUCACUGAGUACACCUGGUCCGAAGAAAUGCCUCCCCACCCAGAUCGAAUGCAACGGUGGUUGCAUUGAAUACAAUGAGGUUUGCCCACAAGAAUCCACGGAAACUUUUACACCGCCGUUCUACUGUGAAUUCGACCAAUUCCAAUGUCGCGACAGUAAAAUCUGCCUGGAGCGCGAGCAGGUCUGUGACAAGCACCAAGAUUGCCCGGACGGCUCGGAUGAGGGGGCACUCUGUCACACGCUGCGCUGCCUCGAUACGGAAUUUAUGUGCGCUACGGGUAACUGCAUUCUCGGCGGUUGGCGAUGCGAUGGCGACUCAGAUUGUACAGACGGCUCAGAUGAAGCUAAUUGCACGAAUCAAACAUGCAGCGUGGGUUCUUACCAGUGCCGAAGUGGACAGUGCGUAGAGAUCCAACGACGCUGUGAUGGCCAGCCUGACUGUUUCGAUGGUUCUGAUGAGGAUCGUUGCCAGGAACCAACCCCUGAUACAUCGGUGACCCUUCCGUCAUGUGGAGAAGGAGAGCUUCCCUGCGAGCUGAACAAUUCUAUCUGUCUACCACAGACCGCUUGGUGCAACAACAAGGAUGACUGUCCAGGAGGCACGGACGAGCACGGCUGCAACUCGUGCGCUGCGCUUGGCCAGUUCGAGUGUAAACAGGAACAGAGAUGCCUGUCUAUGCGAUCGGUAUGCAACCACAACAAAGAUUGCAAAGAUGGUUCCGACGAGACGCCUGAAGCUUGCGAACUAGCGAACAAGACAUCACGCAUGAUUCCACCAGCAUACCCUCCAGCGGCGUGCCACCAUGGAUACCUCUGUCGCACCGGGCAGUGCAUUGAGUGGAGAGAAGUGUGUGACCAGACGCCGGACUGUUUUGAUGGAUCGGAUGAAAACGGGCAGUGCUUCACAGCCUGCGAGAACAGCACCUGCAGCGACGGUUGCCAGGCGACGCCCUUCGGCCCGCAAUGCACCUGCAAGCCCGGCUUUGAGCUGCUCGCCGACCGCCGCAGCUGCGCGGACGUGGACGAGUGCUCGCGCGACCUGUGCUCGCAGCACUGCCGCAACGUGCCCGGCUCGUUCGUGUGCGAGUGCCGGCAUGGCUACACGUUGAGGUUAGAUCGUCGUUCUUGUAAAGCCAACCUUCAUGCGAUUAAGUCUGUCCUGUUCGCGACAGGCCAUUACGUGAGGUCGAUAUCGGAGCAAAAUGAUAUUCACGUGGAGUUGAAUGAUUCGAGCCUUGGCAAUAUUUCUGAUGUUGACAUAGAUUACUUGAGACAAAAGUUUUACGUGACGUCACCAGACGCGGGAAAAUUGAUAGAAGUAACACCACUAUAUCCGCUAAAUGACACGAGCCAAAACUACAUUACAAAUAUUGGGAAACCUACCAAGAUGACCGUAGAAUGGGUAACGGGGAACGUAUAUUUUGUUGACAACAACGCCAGUGAACCCAGUAUCAAGGUGUGCAAUUUUGAGAAAAAAAGAUGCGCCAGGAUUAAAAGACUGCCCGCUGAUGGUACGGUCUCCUCUUUAGUGGUCUCUCCAGAAAACCGCAAGCUUUACUACAGCGUAAAUUACAAUGACAAGAACACCACCAAGGUGACGAGCGUCGACCUCAGCGGGCUGAAUGAGCUAAGCUCCCACUUUUAUGGCACUAUUAGCGUCGGGCUGGGGGUCGAAGGGCCUGUGCUGUAUAUGGCCAGUGUUUUGACGCUCUGGGCUGUUGACCCGGGCCGGUCUUACAAGGUUAAGGGAACCCUCGGAUGGGAGCACCAUACCCCAGAACUCAUCUACGUCUUCGAAGACGUUCUCUACGUUCUGAGCAAUCAUCGUAUAUACCGCUGCCUCAUCUAUGGACAGAAGAUCUGUUUACCCUUCAUCCUAGAAAUGCCGGAAACGCAGGCAUUCGUCCUCUGGCAUCCUAGUGUGCAAAGACCGUUGAAGAACGAGUGUGAAGGUGUCGUUUGUGAGAAUAUUUGCGUGCUGGGUGAGCAGGGACCGAGGUGCAUUUGCGAGGACGGGAGAGUUCCUAAAGAGGGUAGAUGCACGUUGCUUGCAAAGAAUAUGGUACCUCUGUUCAACGGCGAACCGUCACAGAACUUCAUCCAGGAGCACCACGUAUCCGUCACACUCAUCACCAUCACGCUAUUCCUGUUCGUCACGUAUCUCGCCAUUUUCGUUUACUACCACUGCGUGUAUCGGCCUAGGAGGGAGACGGUGACUCUGCCGGUCAGAUUCCAGAACCAAACGUCUUUCAGCGGAUCACAGACUGAAACACCGACCAUAGAAAUGCCGACCACAAGCGGUUCCAGGCAUGAGUUCGUCAACCCGCUGCAAUUUGUUAGAGAUGUUUGGCAGAGAUCAUUUAGGAGCAAUAGGCCCGUGGGCACCGCUGGCCUGUCAUUCGACAUACCAAGACCGAAGGAAGACCUAUCGGAUACAGAGUCGGAUUUAGAUUAUAAGGACGAGAGAAAUCUUAUCACAUAGUAUAUAUCUAUUACUCUGCACUAGGCUGUACCUAUUUAACCUUUUGAACUUUUAUUAUAGUCUUACUUAGGAGUAACAGGAACCACCACCAUAUUCGCUUGUGGGAACCGAACACUGUAUAUAAUCUUAAUAUGAUAAGAUCUUUGACAUAUAUUUCUAAGGACGGGCCUUACGGGCAAUAAGAAUGGCGCUAGUACAGCGACAGCGGUGUCACGCACACGAGCCAAUCGUGCAAUCUAACGCCGCAACGCGAUUGGUUGAAGAGUUUACAUCACGCGCGGGAUUGGUCGCAACUAGUUCCGUUAGACAGCAAGAUUAGCUCGAAUUCGUGAGUGACACCACUGAACCAUUCUUAGUGCCCGUUUGGCCUGUCCUUAUAUAUGUCAAUGGAUAAAAUUCAUUACUAGCCGUGUCUUAUCCAACAUCGACAUUGGCAGAAUCAUCAACACCUUGAUGGAGCCAUAACACGAAAAAUUGAUUAAUAGUGUAAUCGGGUUAAGCAUGUACGAAAAUAUUCUAAAAGGUAACCUCAUUUAGAAUCCUAGUUAGAAUGUUAGUUGGGACGACUGAAUUAAGUAGAAAUAUAUCCCUAAAAUAUGGCCUCUAUGCCUAUACUCUGUAUCUUGAGGUAUUUAAAUAAAAGUGAACAAGAUAUACCCUCAAAUGGCUCCUUAAGCCAGUUGAGGGUAGAUGAAAACAUUACAUGAUCAAAUAAUUUAGGUUUAAGUCAGGUCGUUCAGUGACAGAUCCAGGCGGUUUUGUAUUUGGUUGGUUAACCAAUAAAUGUUAUAACUACCCGAAAAUAUUCAAAUUGUUUUACUUUUAUUUAAAUACCUAAAGAUACAGUAGAGUAUAGACGGCGAAUCUUAUGUAAUGAAUGCAUCGAAAUGGAAUAAUUAUAAAUAAUAUUUUGUGAAUAUUAUGCACAAAUAAUUAAUUUGGAUCAUACACAGCAAUUAGAAUCUCUUCUGUGGACACACUGAAAAUUAAGGGUCAUUUAGCCUAAUUUUAGCCAUAAUUAGUCUUUGUCGUAAAAUCAUAGUUUUAAGCUACAUAGUCCACAGGAGAGACUAUUUUUGUAUGAUAAUUUCUCAAAUGGAAUAUUAAUUAAUUAUAGUUAAUGGAAUGGUUUUAAUUAUUAAAUUAAAGUUUUAUUUUUGUAUGAUAAUUUCUCAAAUAGAAUAGUAAUUAAUUCUAGUUAAUGUAAUGGUUUUAAUGAUUAAAAUAAUGUUUUUAAACGUUUGAGUUUUAUUUGUAUGAUGUGUUUGAAUAUUUGUAUGAAAAUCAACUAUGCCUAAAUAAAUACAUUCAAUUUU